AAAAUAGAUGACAGAGGCUAUCUUCUCACAUCUACAAAGAGACUACUAGUGAGUUGGCAGACAAACUCAACAUUUUACCAAGGCAGAUUCAAGGAGGCUCAGUAAAAUGAACAGAAGCAGCUGUAGCAGCACAUUUUCAAAUGAACUGUUAGCUCCUAUCUACGGUGUGGAGAUGUGUGUGGCACUGGUGGGGAACAUAGUGGCACUAUGGCUGCUUGUGAAUAAGGAGAAGAAGAAAUGGCAUAUGGGAGUGGUGUUCUCCUGCAACCUGAUCAUCAGCGACAUCUUUUACGCCCUCGUUCUUUCUCUUCGUGUCAUCUACUAUUCAAAAAAAGGGAAGUGGGAAUUUGGUGAAGCUCUCUGCAAAAUAGAGCGCUUUCUCUUUACCUGUAACCUCUACGUCAGCAUUUACUUCAUCAUGUGCAUCAGUGUUCAUCGAUACCUGGCCAUCAUUUAUCCUAUCUUCACACGCACACACAUUUGCCCGAAACAUGCUAAGAUCAUCAGUGUGUUCAUCUGGAUCUUUGUGGCAAGCAUUUCAUCUCCAAUCUUCUACUUUUCAGGUCUAAAGAACAAAAAGUGUUACCUAUCUGCAAAGCUAAACAUAUCAAACAUGUCUAACACCAGGGUGUUUAUCGCCGUUAUGGGUUGUUUGGUCCCUUUUGUAGUUACGUUUGCAUCAUAUUUUGGUGUAAUAAUGGCUGUUUUUAAAAAUGCAAAUAUCACCUCGCUACAGAAGAAAAAAGUGGCCCUGAUUGUGGGUUUAGGCUGCAUCCUGUAUGCAGUGUCUUUUGUCCCCUAUCACAUUCUGCAAAUAUGGUACUUUAAACUGAAGGAAGGAAAUAAACCUAAUUGUUCUGUGCGUAAUGGAUACCAAGUGUCAAAGGCAUUAGCCUGCCUGAACAUGUGUCUUCAUCCCAUCCUGUACAUGGCUGUGUUUGACAGCAUCAGGGCAGUGUGCUGCAAACGGAAGUCAAACUUAUCAAACAUAGAAAUCACAGGAGAACAAUCAUUUAAAGACCUUGAAUUAAAAUCCUAAGUCUGAGGUUUCACAACAUUUUGUUUUGAUUUGGAUGUAUGUUUGAGGUCAUUAUCCAGUUGAAAUUUUCAUCUCUGGCCAAAUCUUAUGCUUCUGGCAGAGUUAGCCAGGUUUUGGGCUUGAAUGUUACUGUAGUUAGUAAAAUUGAUAAUACACAGCAUCAAAAGGUCAAUGUUGCACCUUCAUAUUUUAUUUUAUAGUGAGUUUGCGGAAUUUUCUUUUUAUCUAGUUGCUAUUGUUACCAAAUGUGUUGAUGGCCUGCAUGGCCAAUACAUUUCUAUCUGUCUCUUCUAAACUGACUCCUUUUGUAGAUCCAGUAAUGUGAUGCUCUCAUGAACAGUUUCUUCAAAAUAGUGUGUUGUUGUGAAGGUGGUGUUCAAAAAUGG